AUGAAACCAAUAUUUCGUGGAGUCUUAAUUAUGAAAUAUACAGAUAAUUAAGAAGAAGUUACUCUAGAUUAACUUAAAGAGUAUUUGAAAGAAUAAGGAAAUUAUAAUGAAGAAACAUUUUCUUAAAAUGUAGAUAUUUUUUAAUAGUUGAUUGAUGAUCUCAUCUAAAAUGAUUCAGAGCAAACAUAUGAGCAAUAUGUAUUAAAUCAAUAUAUUUAUUAUAGGGUAUAUCAUCUUAAGAAUUACAUUAAACAUGGUUAACUGAAAAAGAUAGAGUAUUAUCCUAUUAUAUUAAAAAGAGAACAUAAGGAUAAAAAGUAUUACUUUAAUUAUAUAAUGUUAGAUUGAAAAAUUUUAAUGGUCAGUUAAUAACCAAUUCUAUUCUAAAAAAGCAAAAAACAUAAAUAAACCUGUUUGUAUUAUGAAUCUUAAGGUAAUACUUUAAAAAAUGUGUAAUAGUCUAAAGAUGUUGUGAAUAAAACUUAUAAAUUUCAUACUUUCGAGAUAAAUGAAGAGGAUUUAAAUUAUAUAGAGGAUCAAAUGAAAAAAAUUGAGUAAACUAUUAAUGCAUUGCUUUUGUGA